AUGUCGGGAUCUGAGGAGCAGUGGUCAAAAUUUCGAAGGAUCCGUAAUGACACUAUACGUUCCAUCAAGCAAGCCAAAGCAACGUAUUAUUUAAAUCUCGCAGACAAACUUAAGACCGGUACAUCCUCUUCAAAAGACUGGUGGAAAACACUGAAACCCUUCAUAACUAAAGAUUCUUCUGUUUCUAUUCCACCCCUUAUCGAUCCAUUCACGAAUACGCCGACCACAAAUGACGCGGCAGAAAAGGCUGACCUUCUAAAUACGUAUUUUGCAAUCCAGACUCGACUAGAUGAUGAAACUCCACCGUAUCCAACCAUCCCUCCUAUCGAACGCCAGCUAUCACCUGUAACUCUUAUCCCGAAAGAAGUUGAGGAUGUUCUUAGAAACUUGCAAAUAGAUAAGGCUUCUGGUCCCGAUGGAAUUAGUAACCGUAUACUGCGCGAGGCAUCUCAGCAACAUUCCGGUCCUCUCUGCUCCUUAUUUAACUAUUCUCUGCACUCCGCUAAUGUUCCUUUGUCCUGGAAAGACGCUAACGUGUGUGCUCUUUUCAAGAAAGGCGACUCCUCUAUUCCAAACAACUAUCGGCCUAUAUCUCUACUCAGCUGUGUAGAAAAAGUAUUUGAAAAAGCUCUAUUCAAAAUAUUUACAACCAUCUUCAUCACACAGUUUUCUCACUCCUGUGCAGUCUGGUUUCUUACCCGGCCAUUCCACUGUCAGUCAGUUGACCUUCCUCUACAAUACCUUUUGCAAAGCUCUAGAUGA